AUGUCAUUCGAUAUAACGGCACCGUUUCAAGCAGGAUUUAGCACACGUGAUCAGAUAGAACAUCGUCACAAAGUUCAUCCUAUGCAAAUAAUUGCUCCGCUUUCAUCUCAACCUAAUCGUUACAAAUUUUUGGAAAAUUCACUUACUUCUGUGCUUGGACAUUCAUCCAUCGCUAAUAAAAAGAUAUUUAUCCAUUUGUUUCAUGAAAUUUUAUCUUUAAAUAAAGUAGUAAUCGUUAGUGUAGCAGGCGCAUUUCGAAAAGGGAAAAGUUUUCUACUCAAUAUAUUCCUUGAUUAUUUGUAUAGUUUGCAAAAAUCACAGCAGAAUGAGACAGCUUUGGAAUGGCUUCUGGAUGAUUCGCACUUAGGAGGCUUUCAUUGGAGACCCGGGAUGAAGCGUGACACCUCGGGAAUUUGGAUCUGGGGUGAACCGAUAAUGAUUGAAGCAGCUAAUGGUGAAACAUACGCUGUUGUGUUGAUGGAUACACAGGGAACAGUUGAUAAUGCAGCAUUAUCAUAUCAAAUGUCUGGUACUAUAUUUGCACUAUCAACCCUAUUCAGUUCCCUACAAGUUUACAAUAUAGUAGAGACGAUACUUGAAGAUUCACUAACAAAUUUAUCACUUUUUGUUGAAUAUGGACGAUUAGUGCUGGAUGAAUCUACCAAGUGCAAACCACCUUUUCAGACAAUCGUUUUCGUUGUUCGAGAUUAUAAAUCAUCUGAAGAAUGUUCAUAUGGAUUUGAAGGUGGAAUGGAUUACCUCAAAACAAUGCUCCAAACGUCAUCGUCUCAUCAGUCUAAUGAACUGAAAGCUGUUCGACAGGAAAUUCAAAAUUGUUUCGAACAAACACUAUGUUUUUUAUUACCACAUCCAGGUCAUCGAGUUGCAGAUCGUGAAUCCUUUAAAGGACUUGUGAAAGAUAUAAAGCCGUUGUUUAAAGAGGAGGUGAAAAAAAUGACAGCACACCUUUUAAAUCCACGAGCAUUGCAACCAAAAAUUGUUAAUGGAAAAACGGUCACAUGCAGGAAAAUUACGGAUAUGUUUAGGGAGUUUGCCAAAACAUUCGACAGUUGUGUAAUACCGGAACCACAGAUGAUUUUAGACACAAAUGCCCAAUUGAUAUAUUUGGAAGCAGCAAAUGAAGCAAAAAUAGCAUAUAUCCGAGGAAUGGAUCGGAUUUGUUUAAAAUCAGGAAUGCUACCGGAAAAACGACUCCAUGAAGCACAUAUUAAAUAUGGUAUUAUAGCUUUGAAUAUUUUCGAAAAGUAUCCAAAAAUUGGAAGCAGCGAAGUUCGAUCCAGAAAUCUCUCGAUGCUACAACAAAAUCUAAAUAAUGAAUUGGAAAAAUAUAAACGAUUAAAUAAAGAAAAACGUGUGACAAGUUGCGUGUCGCGCAUGAUCGCAUGUGGUGACUCCGUAUUUUUUGGUAUGGGUCUUGGAUCAGCCGCAUCAGCAGCUAUUGGUGGAGCAGUAUUAACGUUACAGGCGGGAAUGGUAAGUGCUGGUGUGAUUGCUAUACCGGUUUCACUUACAGCUUUAUUAGCAAUCUGGGCUUAUGUUUAUUACAAACCUAAAAUUCGUUCAUGUCUUCAUCAUGAUUGUCACAGUGUCUAA